AAUGAAAUAAUUUUAAAAUAUGGAAGACUUAUUACAGUCCCAAAUUAAGAAGAGUUGCGAUUUGGCGCUUCCAAAUGGUCUGAAGGAACUGAUGUGGGAUAUAUCGAGAGAAGUCUUAAGAGCCCAACCCUCAGACAUCUAUGAAUUCAUCACAGAAUACCUGUCAGUUCUGUUAGUAACAAGAGAGAACCUAUCCGUUGCUGCUAAAGUUUGUAAUGAUACAUGUCGUGCUCCUUGUGAACUGGUAUUGGAAGACAAACUUAAAGAUAUUGGACUUAAUGAUGAAGAUGUUAUAACAACAAGGACGAUUAUUAUGGAGCAUUUGGAAGGACCAGUCAACGAAGGAAGUCUUCUCUUAAAAUUGAUAAGGAAGACGAAUAUAGAUGAAGCCAUGUUCCCGGCAUUGCAAGAGACUAUUCGAGCAGCAUUUGUUAAUCAUCAUGGCCGGAAAAUGAGAGUAUUUGAGACUCCAGACUGCGCAGAUGAAGUUAAGGAAGCAGCUACUCAUACAUUGAAAUUGUAUGAGACCGCUUCUCCCAGUAAUGAGGAAUAUCACCGAAUGGCGACCAGAAUCCAGGCAGCCUAUCGAGCAUAUGGCGUGAGACGCGCAAUGUGUAACAAGAAGGAAAUCAAAGAAAAAUCAUCAGAAAUAAAAGACAAAAAAAUCAAAAUCAAAGAGGAUAAUACACAUGUAGAAAUCAAGGAACCAGAAAAAACGAAGUCAACGAGAAACAGUAUGCGAGCUAGUGUCACAACAGAAUCAUCAUCCUCUCUCGCUGGAUCCUAUGUAAAACUGCCCAAAUAUAUACCAUAUUCUGCUCACGACGUCCAUGAUCUUGACGAAGAAGUCCUCGAGAAGGUGCAUUCUAACACAGAGAUAGAAGAUAAAAUGAACAAAUCAGAAGAAACUUUUUACAAAGAGAACGUAAAAGAAAGAAAUAGAACAAUCAGUUUUGAAGCUUUAAUGAUUAAAGAUGACGUAUCAGAAGCGGAUGAUGAAUCAGAAACGAGUGUUGAAGAGUUGAUUCAUGUGGAAGGUGAAGAUGCUUUAGCGGGUGAAUAUUGUGGAAUAGAUGAUGAAGCACCUGAGAUUGAUGAAUAUGAAAUAGACGAGUUUGAAGUUAACGAAAGCGAUACCAUUGAAACAAGUGGAGACAGUAAUGAUAAAUUGGAUAUUAAGUUUCAUUUUGAAUAAAAAAGGAAGAACAAAGAACACAAUGCAGAGCAAAUUUUAUACUAACAAAAAUAUUUAUUUCUUGUAUCUUACUAGAACUUCUGAAAAGGAGGAUUAAAUACGCUAUUUUUUUUAAUAAAAA